AGCUGUUCCAGGAGCACAGGAAUUCCUUUGAUGAGCUCUAAGAGAUUGGUAACAAUACCUCCUAAAGGGCCACGUUGCUAGGUAACAGCUUGUUUCCUUGGUCACGGUGAAUCCAUGGAAGACCCCCAAAAGAGGCUGCAGAUUCUUGGCAGACUGCUCUCGUAUUCCCUCCAGGGAACAUGAUGAAAAAUGUCUUCAGAAAAAUAGCUUUAUGAAGGCGAGAGGAACUUUUUGCACCCGCAAGACAUGUCUGAAAGCUCCUCAGGUCAAAACACAAGUAGUCCAGAGAUUUGUCCGUCUAAUUCAUCGUACUACUCCAAUGCAAGUAAAGCCCACACUCGGUCAGCUCUGUCAAGGAGCAGAAGAACAUUUCAUCCACGUUUGGACUCUGGAAUAUCAUCCCUGCUUCCAUCAGAUUCUUGUAAGUACCUCACUUGGCACAAGGUAGAACAACAUGACAUUCAAGGAAGUCAACUGCGUUGCCCAAGAGUAAGAGAAGGCCCCUCUGAGGAAGAAUUACUGUUCAGACAGGAAGAGUGUGCCUUGCCUCCAAGGAAAAGAGUUCUCGAAAAAAGCAAAUGGGAAACAUGGCUACAAGAAAACUGGGAGGACUGCAAGAAUUUGAACAUUUCAUUUCAGGACUUGGGGGAUGCUUAUCAAGUUGAAAAUUUUAACAGAAUUCUUAGAAGACUAAUCCGAGUUGAAACCCUCUGGUUAGUGGAUAAUUCCCUGGUGGAUUUAAGUGCCAUAAGAUUGCCAAGCUGCAGAAUUCUAAAUAUGAACAAAAACCAUCUUACAUCUUUCAAACAAUUGCCAAAGAUACCUCAGAUACAGCAUUUAUCCUUGGCUGAAAACCACAUUGAGACUCUGACUGGACUCUCCAGUUUACGGCACACUCCAUUGGAAUCUCUCAUACUCAAGAGGAACCCCUGUGAGUUUCACCAAAAUUACAGGAAACGAUCCUCCAAUAAGAAGACAGCACAAUUCAAAAGAGAAAGGACUUAAUGAUAGAGCUAAUAGUAGUAUUCUCCUGUUUGCCAAACUUAAAAAUGCUGGAUGGAAUCUUGAAGCUACCAGAAGAUUGUUCAUCACCAGAAACCAAUAUUUUGUCAAAAAUAUGUAUUGUAUCCUAAUACAAUCUGUAAAGAAAAAAAAGCAAUCAGCAUUGUUGCUAAAUGCUAAU